AUGGAUGAUAACGUUUGGGGUGAUACCUCGAUUCCUAAUCAAGCAACAGAUUCGUAUACAUUUCGAGAGACUUCGGAAGCAUCUACUUUGGAUAAUGAGAAAUUAUCAUUAAUUAAAGAGUCUUUAAAGAAAUGUCCCUCUUUAGAUGAUCCUAAUAUAAAAGAAUUACAAGUACCUUGGAUUGAGUUAGUUCAAUUAAUAACUGAUGAAACAAGAGAUGAAGAAUUCAGAACAUUUGAACAAAUUUUACAAAAUGUUAAAGAUGUUAAUGAUAAAUCUUUAACAGGUGUAGCUUUAAUUCAUUAUAUUAUUGCAUAUGAUAGACCAAAUUAUAUUGAAUUAUUAAAACAAAGUUCACAAUCUAGUCCCUCAAAAAAAAAUUUAAACUUAAAUUGUAUUGAUGAUAUUUGUCAAUAUACUCCAUUAAUGUGGAGUUUUAUACUUGAAAGGAAAAAUUGUACUAUUGAAUUGUUUAAUUUUUCUGAUCAAAUUGAUUUCACUUAUCGUCAGAAGAGUACGGGACUCACUGCUUGGGAUCUAAUUACUCCAGGUUCUUCAAUGUAUCAUUUUUUAAAUGAAAAUAAUAUGUUACAAUAUAGUGAUAAACAGUUGGCAGUGCAAAAUGAUAAUAAUUUGAAAACAAAUUUAGAUUCAGAUAAAAAUAAAAGUCAUGAUGCAAUUGAUAAUAUUGAUUUAAAGAUAGCAGGUAUGGGAGCUGGAUUUGGUGUUGGUGGUACUUCUUCAACGAUGGAUGAGGGUUUUACAAAUCUUCAUGAUUCAACAGAAAUGUAUGGAACAGAAUAUAAAAAUGAUCAAAUGAAUACUUAUGAACAUUUUGAUUUUAAUAAAUUAGUAAAAUAUCAAUAUUUUGAAUUUUCAGAUUAUGAUAUUCCGCAAAUCUUGGAUUUUUUAACCUCAUUACCUGUUGAACAUCAACAUAUGACUUCCUAUCCAGCAGCAUUAUUGUUUCAAUGUAUUAGAUAUGCUGAUCGUAAGAAACAAUCACCACAAUUGGUUCAAUCUUUAGUAAGUUUAUCAUUUACUAGAAUUAUUGCAUCAAUUGCAAAUGAAAAACCAAGUAAUAAUAGUAAUAAAUCUAAAAAAACUGAUGAUAAUAAGGAUCAAAAGGAAGAAAAUUCAACAUUAUCGAAUUCUGUACCUUUGUCUCAACAAACUAUUAAUUCUACCGAUAAUCAGAAUACACAACAUGAAAAUAAUAAGAAAUCUGAUAAUGCCUUAAAGGGAGAUAUCGUUACACAGUCUUACUGGAUUAGUUCCUUAACUUUCUUGUAUUAUUAUCUUUCAAAGGAUGAAUCAUUCUUUAAGAGAUAUCCAACUAUAAUGCAAGAAUUGAUAGAUACAAUACAUUCAGUAAUGAUCGAACUUACCGUGUCUAUUCAUUCAAGAUUAUCACCUUUAAUUGAACCUACUCUUAUAAAUUAUACGACAAUUAAAGACGUUGAACAAACUUUGUACAAAAAGGAUUGGAAUUUUUUUAAGAAGAGAAGACAAGCAAAGCUGUUAAAGAAGGAAAAGAUGAAAAAAAUGGAACAACAACAGCAGAAGGAAAGACAUAGUUUAGAGGUCCCAGAAAAUGGAGACUUGGAUGGAGACGAUAGAACAAGUAAUGAUAAUAACCAUCUCUCACACACGUCUUCGAGAGUAUCCAAUAACGAUUCGAUUAUUUUUGAUAGUGAGGUACUGAAACAUUUAUUACCUCCAUCAUUACAAGAACAAAUGAAGCCAUCUCCAGUCAAAAUUGUUCAAAUAUUUGGAGCUUUAUCUUAUGUUUUAAAUUUGCAUCAAGUUCAUCCAUUAUUCCAACAACAAUGUUUAUCUCUGGCUACAAGUUGGUUUUCAACAAGUUUAUUUAAUAUGAUUUUGAAAGAUCGCAAGAAGAAAACUUUAUCUAGAGCAAGAGCUAUUCAAAUUAGAUUAAAUCUUUCCUCAUUGGAAAGUUGGAUAAAAAACAAUGAUUUACUUGUACAAAGACCGAAGCUUAUUGACGAUUUUAUGUGGGAGAGAUUCCCAUACACUUUAAUCCAGGAAUUAAACACUAUCGACAUGACUAAUCCUGUGUUGAAAAGCGUCACUACGUAUAAACCUGUUGAUGGGUUUAAUGAAUCUACAAUUAUAACAGACAUGUCAAAUUCCCUAUUUUUCUACCAAAGAUUCCAUAAGAUUGCACAAUGGCAUAUGGAACCUAUCUUUGAAUUACUUCAAUGGCUUCAGAUAGCAACUACCUUGGAUUCGGAGGAAUCGCUAGAUAAUACAAAGGAUUUGCUACCAAAAUUGUCAAAUAGUCAACUUGUGAAAGCUAUUGACAAAUAUCAUUAUGAAAUAAAUGAACAUAAGUUUAAUUCUAAACUUAAAAAGGUAUUGACAAAUGAGAUUAAAAGACAGGGUUUAACUGACAAGGUAUAUCUUGACGAAAAUCAAAUUCCUCUUUUAACAUUACCAACGGUACCGGAACUCACGGAUGCUUAUGCUAAUGAAUAUGAGUACUUGCCGUUGUUACCUAAUGAUAUCCAAGAUGUGAUGUAUGAUAUCCACGAUGAAAAUUACAAAAUGAGAAGGAAUGAUGAUGGAAUUUCUGUUAAUUUAUCGGAGGAGGAAGAUACCACUAACCUCGAGAAAGAAAAUAUCGAUAGAAAUCUAGGUAAUGAUGAUACGCAAGAUAAUGAUACCGAUUAUACAUUUACUGUAAACAGAGAAAGUGACAAUAAUAUAUUUAAGGAGCUUGAUGCACCAUCCGCAAGCGUAUCUCGUCCUGUGUGGGCCGCCAAUGAAGAUAUCGACGGUAAUCCAUGGUGA